AUGCUUCGAGGCCAGGUUAUAUCAUGGAGAGCUGCACUCCAUCGUGCGCCACGCUAUGUGGUUCAUAGGUCAUCGCCGCCUCCGAUUCAUAUAUAUGCGAAUGUACGAUUACCAUAUAAUGAGACAACGCUAGUGAGAUCGUCAAUCGCCACUCCUCGGUCUUUCUCAUCAAGCUCCAUUCGGCCAAAAGACAAGCCGCAAACCCCGGAAGACACGCCUGACGAAGUGGAAAAUAAUGAUGAAAAUAAGGAAGGGAAAACAACGAACAAACCCACAGAAACUCGACGAAAGUCUGGCGAUGCGGCGGAUAAACAAAGCUCCUCUCAAGCUUCAGAUGCGCCUAGUCGACGGAAAGAAAAACCGAAUACAGAGAAAGAAGACCAAGGGACAGUGGAAGACGCCAAAAAGAGCUCGAAUGCUGAAUCUCAGCGAAAAGCUCGAGAAAAUAAAUCCGAUUCCAACUCGCCCUCCCCCAUUCCGGUUUCCGGUGGUGGUACGGACUCGAAGCCGAGCGGUGGCAGCGAUGAUGGCAGCAAGAAGGGGAAGAGGGGGGAAAAGGCCUUGCAAAAGCCCUUUGUUCCAGAUGUGUACCCACAAGUGAUGGCUAUUCCGAUUGCGCGACGUCCAUUGUUUCCAGGAUUUUACAAGGCGAUUACCAUUCGAGACCCGAACGUCGCCGCGGCUAUACAAGACAUGUUGAAACGCGGACAGCCAUACGUCGGGGCUUUUCUCUUUAAGAAUGAUGACGCUGAUGGUGAUGUAAUUGAAAAUUUGGAUGAUGUUCACGAUGUUGGAGUAUUUGCACAAAUUACCUCUGUGUAUCCGAUCAAGUCAGAUGAAGGCUUGACGGCGGUCCUGUACCCUCAUCGAAGGAUUAAAAUGUCGUCUUUGCUGGCCCCGAACGAUCCAGCACGAACUGGUAUUGUCGAGCAGGCGACGACAAAGACCCCAACGGAAAAGCGGGGAGAUGUGGUCGCGAGCUUCGAAGAGGCGUCUGCCGAUCAAAUAUGGAAGGGACCGAAUCAUUAUGAGCCGACUGCUUUCUUGCGCAAAUAUCCAGUCACCCUGGCCAAUGUCGAAAAUCUCUCGGAAGAUCCCGUUGACAAGAAAAGUCCGAUUAUUCGAGCGGUCACCAGCGAAAUCGUCAAUGUUUGCAAGGAAAUCGUUCAAUUGAACCCACUUUUCCGAGAUCAAAUAUCGGCUUUUGCCACGGAUCACUUUCCCGGUAAUCUUGGCGAUGAGCCUGGCAAAUUGGCUGACUUUGCUGCUGCGGUCUCGGCCGGUGAAGCGCAGGAAAUGCAAGAAGUCUUAGAGUCAAUGAACGUGGAAGAUAGACUUCCCAAAGCGCUUGUUGUUCUAAAGAAGGAAUUGAUAAAUGCGCAACUACAAUCAAAGAUUUCGAAAGACGUCGAGGCUAAGAUCCAAAAAAGACAGCGGGAGUACUGGCUGAUGGAGCAGAUGAAAGGGAUUAAAAGGGAACUCGGCAUCGAAUCCGAUGGCAAGGACAAGCUUGUCGAGAAAUUCAAAGAAAAGGCUGAGAAGUUAGCUAUGCCCGAAGCUGUCAAGAAGGUCUUCGACGAGGAACUAAACAAACUAGCUCACCUGGAGCCCGCCGCCUCUGAAUUUAAUGUCACUCGAAACUAUCUUGAUUGGCUUACACAAAUACCAUGGGGCCAGAAGAGUGUGGAGAAUUUUGGCAUCAAGAACGCGAUGUCCGUGCUAGACGAGGAUCAUUAUGGUUUGAAGGAUGUCAAGGACAGAAUUCUUGAAUUCAUUGCCGUUGGUAAACUACGCGGGUCAGUAGAGGGCAAGAUUCUUUGCUUGGUCGGUCCACCUGGUGUGGGAAAGACCAGUAUUGGAAAAUCGAUUGCUCGUGCUCUCAACAGACAAUACUAUAGGUUUUCUGUAGGAGGUUUAACAGAUGUUGCUGAAAUCAAGGGUCAUCGACGAACUUAUGUCGGGGCACUUCCCGGGCGCAUUAUUCAGGCUUUGAAGAAGUGCCAAACUGAAAACCCUCUUAUACUUAUCGAUGAAGUCGAUAAGAUUGGACGUGGUCAUCAGGGUGACCCAUCUUCCGCUCUCCUUGAACUGCUUGAUCCGGAACAGAACUCAUCUUUCCUUGAUCAUUACAUGGAUAUCCCAGUUGAUCUAUCCAAGGUAUUGUUUGUCUGCACGGCGAAUGUCACCGAUACGAUCCCACGACCGUUGCUGGAUCGUAUGGAAAUCAUUGAGUUGUCUGGUUAUGUUUCUGAUGAGAAGAUGGCCAUCGCUGAAAAGUAUCUUGCUCCUGCUGCCAAAGAACUUAGUGGAUUGAAGGAUAUCGAUGUCAAUCUAGAGCGAGAAUCUAUCGAAGAGUUGAUCAAGUCAUACUGCCGUGAAAGCGGUGUCCGAAAUUUAAAGAAACAAAUUGAAAAGGUCUAUCGCAAAGCUGCUUUGAAGAUUGUUCAGGAUAUUGGCGAAGACGUCUUAUCAGAGGAGCAGGCAUUGACGGAAGAAGGAAAAAAUGCGAAGGAAGAGACCGACAAAGAGAAUAUCGAUCCUCAGGAUGUCUUAAUUGAGCCUGAAAAGGCUAGAACUGAGGUUCCACGCGUUGCGCUGAAGGUGCCCGAAAGUGUCCAUGUCAGUAUCAGCAAAGACUCACUGAAAGAUUUUGUGGGCCCUCCAGUCUUCACGUCAGAUCGUCUCUACGACACUUUCCCACCAGGUGUCACCAUGGGUUUGGCAUGGACAAGCAUGGGUGGCGCCGCCCUCUACGUUGAGUCUAUUCUCGAGAAUGCGCUCACAUAUGAUUCGCGGCCUGGCUUUGAGACCACUGGUAAUCUGAUGAAUGUCAUGAAGGAAUCCACCCAGAUUGCAUACUCUUUCGCCAAAUCCAUCAUGGCCAAGGAUUUCCCUGAGAAUAAGUUCUUUGAGAAAGCCCGAGUACAUCUUCACUGCCCUGAAGGUGCUGUGCAAAAAGACGGUCCAUCUGCUGGUAUCACAAUGGCUACCUCUCUUCUUUCUCUAGCAUUUAACCAUUCUCUUGACCCCACAAUCGCCAUGACGGGCGAAUUAACUGUGACUGGAAAAGUGCUUCGUAUUGGAGGGCUUCGCGAGAAGACUGUUGCUGCUCGUCGCGCAGGAGCCAAGAAAAUUCUCUUCCCAGCAGAUAACAUGUCUGAUUGGCUAGAACUACCAGAGAAUAUUAAAGAAGGUAUCGAUGGACAUGCGGUCAAUUGGUAUUCGGACGUGUUCAACAUUGUAUUCGCCGACCUAGACAAGGAAACAGCCAACCAGGUCUGGAAGUCGCAACUCACCAAACCGACCGAUGCAGAACAACAAAAGAAGAAACACGACGAUGAUGAGUAG